AUGCCUGAUUUUCAAGAAGGUGGUAAUCUUGAUGUUAGUCAAUUGAAUCCAAGUCUAUUAGAAGCUGAUUCUAAUGAUCCUUACACAAAUUUCAACUGGAAAAAUCUUCCUAAUUGGAUUAACUCUGAUGGGAUUCUUUUCAAUACAAUUGAAGGUCUAGACAAGCUUGGAUUAACAUAUUUUCGUCGAAAAUUAGGAAUACCUGUUUGGGCAAUAGGACCAAUACCUUGGCCAGGAAGUAAUAAACAAAGAGUUGGUAAUGAAACAGGGGAAGAAACAGAGAAGUUCAUCAAAUUUCUUGAUGAAAAAGAAGAAAAAUCAGUACUUUACAUUUCUUUUGGCUCUCAGAACAGAAUAUCAGCAUCACAUAUGAUGGAAUUGGCAAAAGCCUUGGAUAAAGCUAAUAGAGUAAACCUCAUAUGGGUUGUUAGGCCUCCUUUGGGUUUUGACAUUAACAUGGAAUUCAGAGCAGAGAAGUGGCUUCCUGAGGGGUUUGUUCAAUGCGUUUUCGAGGAUCAAAAUAGGGGACUUAUAGUGCCAAAAUGGGCUCCUCAGGUUGAAAUCUUGGCACACAAAUCAGUUGGAGCUUUCUUGACACAUUGUUGAUGGAAUUCAGUGUUGGAAUCACUUGAAAAUGGAGUGCCACUUCUUGGUUGGCCUAUUGCAGCAGAGCAAUUUUACAAUGCAAAGUUCUUGGAACAAGAUGUUGGUGUAUGUGUUGAGGUAGCUAGAGGGAAUAAUUCUCAAGUUAAGCAUGAGGAUAUAUUGGAGAAAAUUGAUGUUGUUAUGGGG